AUGUUACUCAAUAAAAUAGGUCUCCUACUCACAAUACAGGGACUUUGCUCGAAAUUUGCAAGUUCUCAAGACACAGCAUCCACCUACAUAAAUUGUUUUGCAUCACUCCCAUCGGAUUUCUCAUUGGACAAUUCCUACGCCUACCAAGCAAGCUCUUAUUGUCACGAUAAAUGUUUAGCUAAGGGUUCUAGUUAUUUUGCUCUUUUCAACCACGGAGAUUGUUAUUGUGGUAAUUCAAAUCCAACAAAUUCAGAAUCCACUUCAAGUUCCUGUAAUACAUACUGCUACGGUUAUGAUCAAGAAAUGUGUGGGGGGACGAGCUCAUAUUCCGUCUACAGUAUUGGGACACCAAGUGAUGAUGAUACCAGUAGUGUGAGCAGUAAGAGUGGAACCACAACCUUAUCGUCCUCGACAAAUUCACAAUCUUCAGCAUCCAAGGGAUCGACGACGUCACAAAGUUCAUCUACCAGUUUAAAUACAGGAGGGUCCACCUCAUUAUCAUCACAGGGCACAUCAGCUGGAACAUCUACAUUGCAGGAGACAACGUCCGUCGUAUAUCAAACGGAAAUCCAUACGGAAGGUGGCUCAACUAUCUAUUUAACAAAUACCAUAACAAAAAGCUCCUCUGCACAGGAAACUGGUUCUGCCAAUUCUACUACUACGGGGAAGAGCACUAACGCCAAGAAAAAGACAAAUGUUGGUGCCAUUGUAGGUGGUGUCGUUGGUGGUGUCUGUGGUGCAAUCAUAGUGGCAGUCGUCAUACUAUUUAUGGUAAGACAUAUAAAUAUGAGACGAGAAGAGGCUAGAAUGGAAAAGGAAUACCAAGAAGCUAUAAAACCAGUAGAAUUUAAUGAUUAUGAUACAACAACGUCUGUUCCAGGUGGAGGAAUUGUGCGUGGAGACUCUUUAAUGACCAACAAUGAUGUACGUACAAACAAUACGGCGUAUGCAUCCUCAUUAACGUCUCAAGGCCUACCACUGACAAGUUCAUUUGUUGCAGACGAGAGGUUACCGCCACAUCCAGUAAGUAAUCCAUUUGAUGAUUCUCGUAGGAUCAGUAAUGGUUCGAUUCUACAUGGGCCAACGUCCUCAGGUGGUAAAGUGUUGACCGUGGUGAAUCCUGAUGAGGUAGAUUGA